AUGAAGGAAGCGGCACUGGCGAUGACUUACGGUUUCGCUGGGAUAGAUGUGGGUUUUCGUGCUGGUGAGGGAAGACUGGAAACUGCGGCGACAGCAGCACAUUCAUUGUGGCAAGGCGACGGAGGCGAAGCGAAGCUGUGUGAAUGGGAACUUCAGACUGUCGGCGUCCCGGUCGCGAUGGUGGCUGGGAUGCUGAUGGGCGCUGCUGAUUGUAUCGACUGUGCUGAUGCUGGCCGUAUUGUGUUGUUCGAGUAUUGUUGGAGUAUUCGUCAGACGAAUAUCGAGAGCGCCGUCCUCGUCACCGUCCGGACGAGAGGGGCGAAGCAACGGAAAGGCAAAGGCAAAGGCAAAGAGGAGAAAGAGGCGCGAAAAACAGGCCCGGCUGCAGCGCAAUAA